AUGACUAUUAUGGACUCCAAAGCUCCACUCCAUCCCUACUACCCCCUCAAUGCUCAAAUCUAUGAUUAUGCUCCCAAUGAGGCUUCCUUGUUCAGUAUCCUCACUACUGCUAGCGUUGGCGCGGCAGCUUUGCUGGGAAUCAUUUUCACCCUGAGCGGUAGACUCCGACCAGCGCUAACAAAAGCCGACCGUCUUGCUAUUCUGUGGUUUGCCCUCUCGGGUAAGAUUCACUGCUUCUUCGAGGGUUAUUUUAUGAUCAACCAUGCUCGUAUGGCAUCUGCGCAAGAUUUCUUCGGUCAACUAUGGAAGGAAUAUGCCCUGUCGGAUUCGCGAUACAUGACCUCAGAUACCCUCGUCUUGUGUAUGGAGACUAUCACAGUCCUUCUUUGGGGCCCGCUCUGUUUUCUGGUUGCAUACUUGACCCUUUCUCAGCAUCCUCUGCGCCAUCCGCUGCAGAUCAUCGUGUGCAUGAGCCACCUCUAUGGCGAUGCUCUGUACUAUGCGACCAGCUUGUUCGAUCACUACGUUCAUGACCGACCGUACUGCCGCCCGGAGCCUUACUACUUUUGGGUGUACUAUUUCCUGAUGAAUUUCAUCUGGAUUGUGGUUCCGUUCUAUUAUCUUUACCAGAGUAUCCGGACAACAACGGAGGCCCUCAGAGUCUUGGAAAAUCCUUCCAGACAGCGCAAGGACCGAUAA